CCUUACCUGUUCCUCUAUCCAGCGGCGUGCUGUCUUCCCGGCUUCUGUAGUGUGGGCACUGGGCAUGACAGCCGGGUGCCAAGUGCGCAUGCGCAAGAAGCGGUGCUUUUUGUGAAUGGUAAGGCGGUACCUGGGACACAUGACAGAUCCCAGAAGCCGCCGGACCAAUCACAAAGCGCAAGUGCUUCUCGCUCAUGCGCACUGGGCACCCGGCUGUCAUGCCGAGCGCCGUUACAGAAGCCGGGAAGACAGCGCGGCUGGAUCGAGGAACAGGUACCCGCUCCCCACCUCCCCAAAGGUCAGCAGUCAUCUGUACUGUCCGCAGUCUCUGGUCAUCCCUGUGCUGUCCGCAGUCUCUGGUCAUCCCUAUACUGUCCGCACUCUCUGGUCAUCCCUGUGCUGUCCGCAGUCUCUGGUCAUCUCCUGUACUGUGUCUGCAGUCCAUUA